AUGGGCGACGACCGAAAUCAACUAGUACCUAGUUCAACUGGGAAUAGUCCAUUUAAUAGUAAUAACUUGUCUGCUAUUCAACGACCUCUUCAUUCAACGAUCUUCUGUUAUAAUUUACUUUACGAUACUUUGGAACCAAUUUCUUCAACUUCAGCAGAUUAUCAUACACAUGCAUCACGUAUACAACGGGUUGGUCUUCAUCAAUAUUUAUUUGAACAUACAAAUACUCUACUCUUACUUGAAGCUCGACAAUCACAUACAUUAAAUUUUAGUGUUCUUUGGCUUCGAACUGUUUUACAACGUUCAGCAGUUAGUCUUAUAUGGCGUCAAUCAAUUGUUAAUUGGUUAAUUGGAAUUCAACGUAAAAAUCAUAUGAAAGAAGAAGUAGCUCAACAUUGUGUUCGACUUCUUGAUGCACGAGAUACAUUACGUGGUCAUUAUGAUCGUGAUUAUCAAUUACGUGCUAUGGGUUAUUUUAUUCUUGUUGCAAAAUUUCAUAAUCGUAUUCAAGUGAAACUUGAAGAAUAUUCUCGUUAUUCAGCUAAUGCAUUUGAUCCACGUGAUAUUGGACAUAUAGUUCGACAUUUAUUUGCUGAACUUAAUUUUGAUUUUCAAUUAGCAUUACCACAAGAAUUUGUCGAACUUUUUCUCGAACUUAAUUCAACUGAAACAUGUAAAUUAAAUGAACCAAAAAUUCGAGCAUUAAGUAAUUUAUUUAUUCAUGUUGCAUGUAUUCAAUCAUGGUCAAGUUGUUUUAAUGCAUCUCUUCUUGCUACUUCAGUACUUGUUCUUUCACUUAAAUUUAUGCGUCAAAUUCGUUUGGAUGUACCACAUUUAAAUUAUAUUUUAUGGACAUGUACCUAUCCAAUUGAAUUAGUUCUUGGUCUUGCCGGUUAUAUAGCUAUGAUUGUUGCUGAUAUACCUAGUGAACCAACUGAUCGUGCUAAUCAUUAUUUCUAUACAACAAAACUUUAUAAUGAUGAAUGUCAUCAGGAACCUUAUUAUAGUAUUAAUCAUGUAAAAAAUUUUUGUCGAGAAUUUGUUCAAGGUUCAAUGGUUAAUCGACAAAUAGCAUUAGGUAUGCGAUCACUUGUAUCUCAACAACGACAAAUUAUUGAACAAUCUUAUUUUACACCACAAUCAUUUGUAACAGUAACACAUACAACACCAUUACUUAAUCCAAAUUCAAAUAAUUUAUCACGUAUUAUAAAUGAUACACCUCGAAAACAAUAUAUUGAUCAACAAGAACAAAAACAACCUAUACGAUUGACUGUUCGAGCUGUUCUUGCAGCUAAACGAUUUGGUAAACAAGUUAUGGAACGUCGUCGAAUACGGCAAAGACAAGAUAAGAUAACAGCUACAUAA